GAAAUGCGUUUCAAGCACUUGUUUUUGCACGGAUAAAAGUUAAAAUUGACCAAAUGAACAGUUAUUUUUAAUACUAUUGAGGACCCAAUUGUCUGUCGUUACUUAUUUAUGGCAUAUCUUUAGGGACGCCUUUUGACUGAGCGAGUUACUUUUUUAGCACAACACCGGUAUUAACGGGGGUGUGGUUGGCAGCUGAUUCUGAAUACUGUCAGUGCUUUCGCCUUUUAAUUUUUUGUGCUUAAUACUUCGUUACGGUAUCGUUCAAUACGUAUUCAAGGUGAACCAAGUAUUAAGUCGGAUAAAAUAGUAUUUUAGCCUAACGUUAUUAGCCGCUGUUUGUUAAACUUAGUCGCUUAACCUGUUUGUUUUGUAGAGUUCGCUGUAGCACCGCGCUAGCUAGCUAGCUAGCUGAUGCUAACCGUGAGCAUAGCUAGUAGCUAAUCAGGAGGAUCCCACUUUUCUUAUUUAAACAAAGCUGACUUUUGUGCUGACCAUCUCAGGACAUUGAUCGCAAAAGUAUCAACAGCCAGGGCAGAAAAUWAUGAUGUCGCUGACAGAGGACGAGUGGCCCUGAGAACUGAUCCUGUCAAAUGAGUUAGCGAAAAUGUCCUGCAAGUCAACCAAAGUGGCUCCGAGUGUAGAUUUUGACCACAGCUGCUCUGAUAGCGUGGAGUAUUUGACGCUUAAUUUUGGUCCUUUUGAAACUGUUCAUCGCUGGAGAAGACUCCCUCCCUGUGAUGAGUUUGUUGGAGCAAGGCGCAGCAAACACACUGUUGUGGCUUACAGGGAUGCCAUAUACGUGUUUGGAGGAGACAAUGGUAAGAACAUGCUGAAUGAUUUGCUUCGUUUUGAUGUAAAGGACUGCUCCUGGUGUCGAGCUUUCACUACUGGAACACCCCCUGCUCCUAGAUAUCACCACUCAGCUGUGGUCUACGGCAGCAGCAUGUUUGUCUUUGGGGGCUACACUGGUGACAUCUAUUCAAAUUCAAACCUGAAAAACAAAAAUGACCUUUUUGAGUACAAGUUUGCAACUGGACAGUGGACUGAAUGGAAAGUGGAGGGAAGCUUGCCAGUGGCCCGAUCUGCUCACGGAGCUACAGUCUACAACGACAAGCUGUGGAUAUUUGCUGGCUAUGACGGGAAUGCCAGGCUGAAUGACAUGUGGACCAUCAGUCUGCAGGACCGAGAACAUGCAUGCUGGGAAGAGAUUGAUCAGAGUGGUGAGAUUCCUCCAUCUUGCUGCAACUUCCCUGUAGCUGUGUGCAGGGAUAAGAUGUUUGUGUUUUCCGGUCAGAGCGGUGCCAAGAUCACCAAUAACCUCUUUCAGUUUGAGUUCAAAGGCCACAUGUGGACCCGUAUCCCAACAGAACAUUUGCUGCGGGGCUCUCCUCCACCUCCGCAGAGACGUUACGGACACACCAUGGUUGCCUUUGACCGCCACCUGUAUGUGUUUGGAGGCGCUGCUGACAACACGCUGCCCAAUGAGCUGCACUGUUACGAUGUGGACUCUCAGACCUGGGAGGUGAUCCAACCCAGCCUCGACAGUGAGAUGCCAAGUGGGAGGCUCUUCCACGCUGCGGCUGUGAUUCAAGAUGCCAUGUACAUCUUUGGGGGGACUGUGGACAACAAUGUGCGCAGCGGGGAAAUGUACAGAUUCCAGUUCUCAAGCUACCCUAAAUGCACCCUUCAUGAGGAUUAUGGGAAACUGUGGGAGAACCGUCAGUUCUGCGAUGUGGAGUUUAUUCUGGGCGAGAGGGAGGAGAGAGUCUUGGGGCAUAUUGCCAUAGUGACUGCAAGGUGUCAGUGGCUGCGGAAGAAAAUCCUGCAGGCUCGGGAUAGGCAGAAACAGAGGACCAAACGGGAGAGCAGUGAGGAAAGCGACGAGGGAGCAGCUGGAGGCCCGAGGGAUAUCCCAACAGGCAAUAGGCCUUCGGGCACGCAGCCCUUGCUGGAAGUAUCCAUCAGGGAAGCAGAAGCCCAGCCUUUUGAAGUACUAAUGCAGUUUCUCUACACAGACAAAAUCCAGUAUCCCCGCAGAGGUCACGUCCAAGAUGUCCUUCUGAUUAUGGAUGUGUACAAACUUGCACUGAGUUUUAAGCUUUCUCGGCUGGAGCAGCUUUGCGUUCAGUACAUCGAGGCCUCUGUGGAUCUGCAGAACGUUCUUAGUGUUUGUGAGAAUGCCAACAAGCUGCAGCUGGACCAGCUCAAGGAGCACUGUCUUAACUUUGUGGUGAAGGAAUCACACUUUAACCAGGUGAUCAUGACAAAAGAGUUUGAGCUCCUUUCCACCCCRCUGAUUGUGGAGAUAGUGCGUCGAAAGCAGCAGCCUCCCCCCAGAGUGUAUUCAGACCAGCCUGUGGAUAUUGGAACCUCCCUUGUCCAGGACAUGAAAGCCUACCUGGAGGGGGGCGGUCUGGAGUUCUGUGAUAUCAUUCUGCUCUUAGACGGACACCCACGCCCUGCACAUAAAGCAAUACUGGCAGCCCGAUCCAGUUACUUCGAGGCGAUGUUUCGCUCCUUCAUGCCAGAGGACGGUCAGGUAAAUAUAUCCAUUGGUGAAAUGGUCCCAAGUAAACAGGCAUUUGAGUCUAUGCUGCGUUAUAUCUACUACGGUGACGUCAACAUGCCUCCAGAGGAUUCUCUCUAUUUGUUUGCUGCACCAUAUUAUUAUGGCUUCUCCAACAAUAGGCUGCAGGCGUACUGUAAGCAGAACCUGGAGAUGAACGUCACUGUGGAAAAUGUCUUGCAGAUUCUGGAGGCAGCAGACAAGACCCAGGCUCUGGACAUGAAGAAGCACUGCCUCCACAUWAUUGUCCACCAGUUCAUCAAGGUAUCCAAGCUUCCCAACCUGCGGUCUCUCAGCCAGCUGCUGCUGUUGGACAUCAUUGAGUCUCUAGCUACGCACAUAUCAGAUAAACAGUGUGCCGAGAUGUGCUCUGACAUUUAGGAUCACUCAGAGUGGAGCUCUUUUCUCUCUGUUAGAAGCCAUAAUUAUCCUGUACAUACUUCUAUACAUUCCCUCCCUGUUUUUUUUAACCCUUGCAUGUCAGACUCAUGUUCAAUAGAGGUCUUUUACCCUCAGCACUCAUGGUUCACUGUACGUUUCAAUCAGCACUGAAGAAUCUUGCUUAGAAACUUUCUUGUAAAAAUCUCUUUUUAUAUUCUUUGUCAUUUUUUUUGUAUGCACAACAAACAAGCAAGGUUUUUCUCUGAUUGGACUCUAGCAUUUCUUUAAAUUAUAUAAUUUUACUUGUCUUAGAGAUGUUUAAAUGAUGUUUUAAGGCUGGUCAUCAGAUUAUUUCUUUUAUUUAAAUACACGUACCCCAUUUAAUGCAUAACUAUGUAAAACUACUUGUGUUAUUCUUAUUCAUGAGACACUUUCUAAGUCUGGAUUAAAUGUAAGGAGUCUAAGAUGUCAUCUGGAAAGUAUUAGAAUGUGUAGCAUUUGUGUCAUCAGAUGAAGAUUGUUACUUUUGCUAAWUACAUUUUCAUUCAUACAACACACUAAUGUGUGAUAGUAUCAUCAGUGUUAAAAAUCAUGUACCAUCAUGGGUUUUACAUAUUCAGAUCCUUAAUAAAGUUAACUAAAAUCAG